AAUAAGGUGCUUCCAAAACUUAAAAGUUUCACAUAAUGUCCGCCAAUAAAUCAUACACAUACAACUCUCAAGAACCAAUAGCCCAAACAAAUACCGAUGGAGUGCAUUUCCAAUUUGAAACAUCCAUCAACGAAAACGGAAAUAACCACACUGGAUCCCACAUUUUUAGAAGCAAUUCAAAGCACCAUUGAUGUAGCUGUAUCCAAAUCUAUGGGAAGAAUCGUCGAGGAGGUAAGAAGCUUGCGGCGAAAUAUCGCAGAGUUGAGGAAUAGCAGAGACAAUGUUCCAUCAAAAAGGAUUAUGCCAGCGGAAGCUUUAAACACAGUGGAGCAAUUUAUGGAAUUGGAGAGUUUACUCCAGAAGGAUGAAGAAUAUGCUAAAUUUAAAUCGGAACUUAUGCAAAAUAUUAAAUACACAGGAGCGAAAUUCGUCAGAACAACUUGGCGCUCAUUGGUAUCCGAUGAAUGUGCUCAACAUUUUGCUUGGAGUGGAACAUCAGACAAAAAACCGGUCCGCGUCUUAAAAGGCUAUCCGAGCUACUUAAUAAUAAAACUUAAUAAAUUUUAUAUAUGUACUUAUAUAGUUAUAUAUAUUUUUAAUUUAAAUUUCAGAUGUCUUCUUACAUGAAGUGAAGGGCAAUGACACUGAAUAUAUAAGUGGCACCAAGACGAUUUUUCAGUUUGCCAAAAAUAGAGAAAAAAGGAAGCACCAAAUUGCAGCAAAUUGAUUAU